UGAUGAUUAUAAAACUAUAUACAGAAACUUACUACAGUUUUUAUAGGAAAAUAUGGGGAAUUUAAAGUACUAGUACGUAUACAUUACUUGUACUGUACUGUACUCUAUAAUGUGUUGACUGUAUCGACACAAACAACAACAACAACAACAACACAGUAGUAAUCAUCAAACAGUUGGUCACAACAACAACAACAACAAUAACAACAUCACCGACACAUCACAUCUGUCAUCAGUGACGACACCAUCAACAUCUGUGUUGUAUCUGUCAAUCAACUGAUCCCAUAAACAGCUGUCUAUCUGUCUGUCAUUCAUAUCGAAGUAGAAGAGGAAGGAAGGAAUGCCGUCAAAGAAAAAGAAGUACAACAGUCGGUUCCCGCCGGCGAGGAUCAAGAAGAUAAUGCAAUCGGACGACGAGGUCGGCAAAGUGGCACAAGUGGUACCAAUUAUCAUAUCCAAAGCACUCGAGAUGUUUGUCCAAUCGCUGCUUCACUCGUCCUCAGCGAUCACCCGAAGUCGUAACGCACGUACACUAACACCUAAUCACAUUAAGGCCUCGAUUCUUGGCGACCAACACUUUCAGUUUUUGCGAGAUAUUGCUCAGUCCAUACCCGACGUUAAUCCCGGAGCCGAUCAGGACGAGGACGAAUCGUUUGCUGUGAACACUGGCGGCGGCGGCAAUACUACUACGAGUUCAACGCAACCGCCGCCGCGUCGACAACUUUCGAGUAGCAGUGGUGGUGGUGGCCAACAAUUGUUGUCUGCUUCGGGUCAGGCGGCAGCCACUGGAUUUCGUAGACGAGGUCGUCCACGAAAAAAACUGAAUGAAUUAUCGGCACAGUCUUGGGUAUCGACUUUUGACGAUCAGGAAGAGGAUGAAGAGUCUGACGAUGAGGACGACGACGAAGAGGAAAGCGAUGACGAAGAGGACAGUCCUCUGUCUAUUAAUAAUAAUAUUAGUAAUAUUAGUAAUAAUAUGAAUAAUACAAAUGUUGUCAAUGAUAUAAAUAUAAAUAAUAAUAAUAAUAUCACAAGUGGUGGUCCAUCAGGUGCUGCAUCAGUCAUCACCAUUAAUAGACAUCAUAACCAGCAAUCGAUGGCCACAUCCAUUUCUUCGGCGGCGACGACGACGUCAUCACUAAAUACUCAGACCAUCGAUGAAGACGACGAUUAUGACAACUAAAUUGAUUUUUUAAUUUAAUUAAUUUAAUACAAUUAUAUCGGAUAUUAUUACAUAUUAUUA